CGAUAUACAGCGGCUACGUUUGCCGCAACAAUGUUGUUCUUAGUCAGCCCGCGCAAGUACUUGCAGCAGAACUCUGCGUCAGCGACAGCAAAUCAAUGGUGUCCAAGGGCGGGACAGAAGCUGUGUCUGGGGAGAGCAGCGAGCACGCGCAUUGCUGCGGCGUGCGACAACGCAAAUGUGUACACCAGUGUCAGUGGGUCCCGGCGUUCACCAAGACUAACAGUCUGACACAGCGUCAACAAGAAGGUAAAGAGCAGGCUUGUUAACAAAUAUGGCCCUUGCAGUCGUCAGGCGGCGGCGGUGCUCUGUAAAGGCUCCCGCUCGUGGUCUUCUCCAGCACCUACUGGUACAGUGCAGCGAGCGAGUCGGGUACCAAGCAUCCCCACCGCAUAGUCGCCCUCGCCCGACGUCGCAUCCUCGCCGCACCCGAGAAGACAAUCCCAUACAGCCUCCGCCUUCGCCGCUGCUGUCUCUCCCGCUCUUUGGCCACUGUCGCCCGUCGCCAGAGCAUACGCAGCUGCUCCCUUCGCUCCGACCAUGGCGCGUCACCGUCUCCUCCUCUUCCCGCCCCAGGCUCGAUCGUCUGCACGGGCCACUCCGAGUAGACCUCGUCUCUCUCAUCGUAUUUGGCACCUCCAUCUCUCGCAAGCCGCCAAGAACGCAGUCUGCGCGAUGCCUGCGCCGUCCCAUCCACGUUUACCAGCUCGCCACUCAUGAGCCACCAGGCCGAGCGCAGCUCCGCGAAAGACUUCCUCCACUUACAAAAUGCCACUGUCUGUCGCGAAAGCCCACGGCCAGCAGCGCGCAGCUCUAGCAGCCAGCAUGUCCUUCCCACACUGGUGCGUCGCCAUCGCGCGUUUUCGACUGACGACAGAGCCAGCUGACCGUUUGCCGCAGCCAUGUCCUCAGAGUCAAACUCGCGCACACCA